AUACAUUGUAGUGAGUAAAGAGUUGAGAGAGCAAUUCUCUUAGGUGUAAUAGGGAAAUAUCCCCUUCCUUUGUUAAUAAUAUAAAAGCAACUGUUCUCUGGUGGACGUAAGAUCAUUUUGAUCCGAACCACGUUAAAUCUUGUGUUCUUUCUUUUACGUUUCAUCUAACAAUUGAAAGAGAAGGAAAACUUUCUGCAAAGUAGUUGAAGAUUGGAGUUUUAUUAACAAAAACAAUACUACUUGUAAUUUAACAUAGGCAAAGAUGGGAUACCCCAUUUCGUUUAAAAGAUACAUUUUCUUUUUUAAAAAACUUUUAUUUAUUUAAGUUUUCCUCCAUAAGAUCUCAUCUGAAAAUUGCAAUACAUCAAACAUUGAGCUUCAUUAUGCAUCCCCUGUUGGCUAUUUCUAGCUUUUUAGUAGUUAUUAUGGUGGCUAUUUCACUCCAAGUUCUUUUCUACUCACCAAUAUCUCCUGAGAUUCUUGAAAUUCCUUCUUCCUCUAAAACCUUCACCACAACAUUUACGUCAAACAACUAUUUACAGAGAGUAAAAAAACUUGGAGAAGGGUUUCUUGAUAGACCAGAAGACGUGGCAGUGGACAAAAUGGGAAUUUUGUAUACAGCUACAAGAGAUGGUUGGAUCAAAAGAAGGCACAAAAAUGGGACUUGGGAGAGCUGGAGGUAUAUUGGGAGAGAUUCUCUACUAGGACUUGAAGUAUCAUCUGCUGGUCAUAUCAUAGUUUGUGAUACCGAAAAGGGGCUGCUUAAGGUUAGUGAAGAUGGUGUAAGUGUUCUUGCUUCACAUGUUAAUGGUGAAAGAAUAAGAUUUGCAGAUGCUGUGGUGGAAGCAUCAGAUGGGAAUUUAUAUUUCAGUAGUGCAAGUACAAAAUUUGGACACCAUGACUGGUACCUUGAUGUUCUUGAGGCUAAGCCCCAUGGCCAACUUCUCAAAUAUAAUCCUUCGUCGAACCACACGUCUGUCCUUCUCGACAACUUGGCCUUUGCGAAUGGCGUCGCUCUGUCUACAAAUCAAGAUUACUUAAUUGUCUGCGAAACGUGGAAAUAUAGGUGCCUGAAAUUUUGGUUGAAAGACAAAAUUAAAGGGAAAACGGAGAUCUUUGUCGAUAAUCUUCCUGGUGCACCCGACAACAUCAAACUUGCACCUGAUGGUUCGUUCUGGAUAGCUCUAAUAGAGUUAUCAGCUCGGGAGCUACAUUUCGUCCACAAAUCAAGAGCUACAAAACAUUUGUUGGCAACUUUCCCCAAACUGAUAAAUUGGGUCAAUGGAGCAUAUCACAAAGCUAUGGUAGUGAAUGUGAGAACUGAUGGGAAGAUAAUUAAAGGUUUUGAUGAUCCAAUUGGAAAGGUCAUGUCACUUGUCACAUCUGUUCUGGAGUUCGAAAAUCAUCUAUAUUUAGGAAGUCUCAAUUGUGACUUCAUUGGAAUGCUACCACUAGCAACCUGAAGUCCUGAACUGUACAUGUAGCGCCUCAUAAAAUUUUGAAUUUGUUUACGUUUAAUUCGUGCUAAUGAAUGAUAUUGUGUGUUGGUGAAU